UGCCCAUAAUAUUCUUCACCACUGGGGGCAGCUUUACAUAAGACUGCAUUGACUGAAACCAAAGCAACAGUCAGAGAAGCUUUUCGGAGUGACAGGAUGCAGAAGUGAACAGUGCUUGUUCAUUGUACCGGGUCAUCCUGGCUUCUCUGCUUCAACGCAGCUUCCUUAGCCGGAUUGAGGGUGCAGACUAUGAGUACUGGGCUGCCCAGUGGAAUACAGAUGGGUGAAUUCAGACAGCUGAGCGUCACUUGGAGGGACCUCUCAAGCUUUGCGACGGGAGAUUUGAAAGAAGCCGAGUCUACGAUGUAAAGAUUCCAAACCGCAUCACCCAUGAAGACCCUAUCACCUCGGAAGAACUUGACUUUCUCCUGCCAAUGCUGGGUUGGGAUUUAUUUGCUCUUGGGAUGUUCUGCUUGCCUGGCAAAGGAUAAUGAUCCAAAAUCGGUCCAUUUCCCAGGAGGUCCAAUUUUGCUUCCUGGGUAUCAGCAAAGCUUGACUCACCAAAGAACAGCUGACAGGGGCUGUCAUGUUUGUGGCCCCUAGGAAAAAGCAAAAGAGCUAAGGACGACCUUUGAAAACACAAAAGGAUGGGUUUCAAUGUAUUUAGGCUACUGAGCGGAUCAGCAGUAGCCCUGGUAAUAGCUCCCACUGUGUUACUGACAAUGCUUUCGUCUGCUGAACGAGGAUGCCCGAAGGGCUGUAGGUGUGAAGGCAAAAUGGUAUAUUGCGAGUCCCAGAAAUUACAAGAGAUACCCUCCAGUAUAUCAGCUGGUUGUUUAGGUUUGUCCUUGCGGUACAACAGCCUUCAAAAACUAAAAUACAACCAAUUUAAAGGUCUUAAUCAACUUACCUGGCUCUACUUAGACCACAAUCAUAUCGGCAGCAUCGAUGAAAACGCUUUCAAUGGAAUACGCAGACUGAAAGAGUUAAUUCUGAGUUCCAACAGAAUUGCCUUUUUUCUUAAUAACACCUUCAGACCGGUAACAAACCUCCGAAAUUUGGAUCUCUCCUACAAUCAGCUGCAUUCCCUGGGAGCAGAGCAAUUCAGAGGCUUAAGGAAGCUGCUGAGUUUACACCUGAGAUCCAACUCCCUGAGAACGAUCCCAGUCCGGAUUUUCCAGGACUGUAGGAACCUGGAACUCUUAGACCUGGGUUACAACAGGAUCCGAAGCCUUGCAAGGAAUGUCUUUGCUGGCAUGAUCAGGCUGAAAGAGCUGCACCUGGAGCACAAUCAGUUUUCUAAGCUUAACUUGGCACUUUUUCCAAGGCUGGUCAGCCUACAGAACCUUUAUUUACAGUGGAAUAAAAUCAGUGUUAUAGGACAAACCAUGUCUUGGACUUGGAGCUCAUUACAAAGGCUUGAUUUAUCAGGAAAUGAAAUAGAAGCUUUCAGUGGACCAAGUGUUUUCCAGUGUGUGCCCAAUUUGCAGCGCCUCAACCUGGAUUCCAACAAGCUCACAUUUAUUGGCCAAGAGAUUUUGGAUUCCUGGAUAUCUCUGAACGACAUCAGCCUCGCUGGGAAUAUAUGGGAAUGCAGCAGAAACAUUUGCUCCCUGGUAAACUGGCUUAAAAGUUUCAAAGGGCUGAGGGAAAAUACAAUUAUUUGUGCCAGCCCCAAAGAACUGCAAGGGGUGAAUGUUAUAGAUGCCGUGAAAAAUUAUAGCAUCUGUGGCAAAAGUACUACAGAAAGGUUUGACAUGCCACAGGCUCCCCCCAAGCCCACCUUUAAACCAAAAGUCAUCCGGCCUAAGCAUGACAGCCAGCCUCCCCUGCCCCCCACCACAGGGGUCCCCGAGGCCAGCUCCGGGCCCGAGCACAGCACUGAGCAGAUCUCCUUCCAUAAAAUCAUUGCUGGGAGUGUGGCCCUCUUCUUAUCCGUGCUUGUGAUCCUGCUGGUCAUCUACGUGUCCUGGAAGCGCUACCCUGCCAGCAUGAAGCAAUUGCAGCAACGCUCUCUAAUGCGACGGCACAGGAAAAAGAAACGACAGUCGCUAAAGCAGAUGACUCCAACCACCCAGGAAUUUUAUGUUGACUAUAAGCCCACCAACAGCGAGACCAGCGAGAUGUUGCUGAACGGGACGGGACCUUGUACCUACAGCAAAGGAGGCUCCAGGGAAUGCGAGAUACCUUUAUCUAUGAAUAUGUCUACAUUUCUUGCAUACGAUCAGCCUACAAUAAGUUACUGUGGUGUACAUCAUGAACUUCUUGGUCAUAAGUCCUAUGACUCAAAUGCACAGGAAGAAACAAUGGAGACACCAUUAGAGACUGACCUGGAUCUGAGCACAAUCACAAGAGCAGCACGAAAUCAGUGAUCACACUCAGCUUACUUAUGUGGUCAGAAAGAUAACCCGAAUCAUUACCAUUAUUUUAUUUUAUUUUUUUUAGUUUGUCAUGAAGAAUUAAAUCAGUAUUUCUCCAGGGAUGGAUUGAAAACUCCCCAUUCUGUUUAAAAAGUUACCAUUCAAAUACAGAUUGUUUCAAGUCUACGAUUUGUAAUUAGCUAAGUUGUGCAGUCUUUUUUUGACUUAAAAAUGAAGUAUGAUCCUUAAAAUAAAUCUUUUUUUUUCAAAACUCAUCCUACCUAUCUGUAAAAAAGGGGGGGGACUGUACAGAGCUGAUGUAUUUUUUCAUAUUGUAAAGUUUCAAUAUACUGAAAUGUACUGAAAUGUACAGGACCAUGCUUUAUUUUAUUUUACAAUUUUCAGUCUUUAAAAUUUUAAAUUAACAAAGCUUGUGUUAUAUUCAGAGUUUCUCAGAUUUGUAGAAACUGGUUCGUUCUGCAUUUAUGCCCUCAAAACAAACGCACCCUAAAAUCUGCACUGUGCAAAUUAGGCGCAGACUCUACUAUCAUACAACACAAUUCUUUCAACAUGUUUUGGAAAUAAUCUAUUAACCAAAUUAGAGUUGGAUUAUUCAAACACUUGUAGACAUGGUCUUUGGGAGGGGAAGGCAAGGGGAAGAAAGCUACUAAAAUUAAAGUAUUUUUUAACAGUUCUCCAAAUUAACUCUUGCCUUGGAUUGCAAAUUGCUUUCUCAAGCAAUGAAAUGUAAUGAUAAAGAGGGAUAUUUUAACAACA